CCCAGGCCCUCCCAGCAGAUGAACCUGGGCCCGUCCUCCAACCCCACAGCCAAGCCCAGUGACUUCCACUUCCUGAAGGUGAUAGGGAAGGGCAGCUUCGGGAAGGUCCUCCUCGCCAGGCACCGAACAGACGACCAGUUCUACGCUGUUAAGGUGCUGCAGAAGAAGGCCAUCCUGAAGAAGAAAGAGGAGAAGCACAUCAUGUCAGAGAGGAACGUCCUGUUGAAGAACAUUAAACACCCCUUCCUAGUGGGACUACACUACUCCUUCCAGACCGCUGAUAAACUCUACUUUGUGCUGGACUACAUUAACGGAGGAGAGUUGUUCUACCAUCUCCAGAGGGAGAGGCGUUUCUUAGAGCCCCGGGCCAGGUUCUAUACAGCGGAGAUCGCCAGUGUGGGCUACCUCCACUCUCUAAACAUCGUGUACAGAGACCUGAAGCCUGAGAAUAUUCUACUGGACUCUCAAGGACACAUCAUACUCACGGACUUCGGGCUCUGCAAAGAGAACAUAGAACAGAACGGAACCACGUCGACGUUCUGUGGAACUCCAGAGUACCUAGCUCCAGAGGUGUUACACAAGCAGCCGUAUGACAGGACGGUCGACUGGUGGUGUUUAGGAGCCGUGCUUUAUGAGAUGCUGUAUGGCCUGCCUCCGUUCUACAGUCGUAACACAGCAGAGAUGUACGAUAAAAUCCUGAACAAGCCCCUGCAGCUCAAACCCAACAUCUCUAACGCUGCCAGGCACAUACUGGAGGGACUGCUGCAGAAAGACCGUACACAACGACUGGGACACAGCCACGACUUUGAGGAGAUCAUGAACCACAUGUUCUUCUCCCCCAUCAACUGGGAUGCCCUGACCUCUAAGAAGCUACCCCCUUUCAACCCAAACGUG